AUGAGAGAGCUUUCCAGAAUAUUACUAGAAUUGAAAAAACUAGAGCCAACAAUACACAAUCUGUUUGAUGGCCUGAAACCGAAGCACUAUGACCAACUAGUUGAAGCUACAAAAUCAGUAGCAAACUACGAUACUGUUAAUGACACAUUUGAUUCUCCCACAUUUGCCAUGAAUAUAAGUACCGCACUGAAACAGUGUUGUGACAUUGCAAUACACAUGGUUAUAAAAAAUGAAUCAUCAGUUGAAACAGCUAGCCUCAAAACGAUGAUUAAUUUACUUCAAUCGAAUUGGAGAUUUGAUGUCUCUGGCCGCGCUGGCAAUGAUUUGAACUUGAUAAAAUUCAAUAAAGCGACUAUUGUGCCAUUAGCAACAGACCUUAGGCUUUUAAAAAACUACUUGUUGUUGAAAGCAGGAGAGGCAGUGAACAGGUUGGCUAGAAAUGCUGCUGAUGCGAACGCUUACAAUACUCUGUUGGAGACAGUAUAUUUCAGGGUAAUACUACUGAAUAGAAAAAGACCAGGUGAACUGCAAAGGAUGUUUCUUCGCACUUAUGAGAGUUCUGAAAUUAAAAGUGGCGAAUAUGAAGAAUUUGAAGAAGUCAUAACCGAGGUGGAAAAACUACUGAUAAAAAUCUGA